AUGGACUACUCAGAUGACUACGUUCUUGAUCCAAACAGUACCGAGAUCAAAAAUAUCAACGAUCCCAUGGAUCGAAAGAUCAUGGGAGGCAGAGACGCUUUGAUGGGAGAGUUCCCUUGGAGUGUUUUCAUAGAACUCGACGACAGAUCAUGCGGAGGUACACUGGUGUCAAAACGUCACAUAAUUACGGCAGCCCACUGUUUCUGGAAAAUCAUGACAAAUGAUGAAUGCAGCAUUAGUGACAUGUAUCCAAUAGAAGGCGUGGUAGGGAAAGCUACAGCCAUGGUUGGUGGUAUUUGUCGCAAAGUAGACAAAUCUGUCAAGUGCACCGUUAAGCAGCUCGGCACGAGAAUCCGAAUAAAGAGGUAA